CCCAGCGCCCACGCCAUGAAGGAGGAGGCCUUUCUGCGACGACGCUUCUCACUGUGUCCGCCCUCCUCCACCCCUCAGAAAGUCGACCCCCGGAAACUCAGCCGCAACCUGCUCUUGGGUGGAGAGAAUGAGCUCGACCCUCUGGGUCCAGGGAAGGACAUGGAGCCCAACAGCCCAUCGCCGCCCAGGGAUGAAGGGCCCCCGACCCCAGGCUCUGCCACGAAAGUGCCACCGGCGGAAUACAGGCUGUGCAAUGGGUCCGACAGGGAAUGUGUGUCCCUGACAGCCAAGGUCACCAAGAAGGAAGCUCUCAAGGCACAGAAGGAGAGCUACCGCCAGGAGAAGAAACGUGCCACCAAGCAGCUGCUCAGCGCCUUGACGGACCCCAGCGUAGUCAUCAUGGCCGACAGCCUGAAGAUCCGCGGGACCCUGAAAAGUUGGACCAAACUGUGGUGCGUGCUGAAGCCAGGGGUGCUGCUCAUCUACAAGACGCCCAAGGUGGGCCAGUGGGUGGGCACGGUCCUGCUGCACUGCUGCGAGCUCAUUGAGAGGCCCUCUAAGAAGGACGGCUUCUGCUUCAAGCUGUUCCACCCACUGGACCAGUCCGUCUGGGCCGUGAAGGGCCCCAAAGGUGAGAGCGUGGGCUCCAUCACACAGCCCCUCCCCAGCAGCUACCUGAUCUUCAGGGCCGCCUCUGAGUCAGACGGCCGCUGCUGGUUGGACGCCCUGGAGCUGGCACUGCGCUGCUCCAGCCUCCUGCGACUCAGCACAUGCAGGCAGGGCCGCGACGGGGAGCCCGGGUCCUCGCCAGACGCAUCACCCUCCUCGCUCUGCGGGCUGCCCCCCUCGGCAGCCGUCCACGACCAGGACCUGUUCCCACUGAACGGGUCCUCCCUGGAGAACGACGCUUUCUCAGACAAGUCAGAGAGAGAGAAUGCUGAGGACUCAGAUAAGGAGACCCAGGACCGCAGGCGGAAGGCCGAGAGCGGGAGUGAGCAGUUGGAGGCCCCGGGGCGCCCCGCGCACAGAGGGACCACGUACGUGGUACAGGAACAGGAGGACCUGGGGGAGCUGGGCGAGGCAUCGCAGGUAGAGACGGUGUCUGACGAGCACAAGAGUCUGAUGUGGGUCCUGCUUAAGCAGCUACGGCCGGGCAUGGACCUGUCCCGCGUGGUGCUGCCCACCUUCGUCCUGGAGCCCCGCUCCUUCCUCAACAAGCUCUCCGACUACUACUACCACGCCGACCUGCUCUCCAGGGCUGCACUGGAGGAGGACGCCUACAGCCGGAUCAAGCUCGUGCUGCAGUGGUACCUGUCCGGCUUCUACAAGAAGCCCAAGGGGAUCAAGAAGCCCUACAACCCCAUUCUGGGGGAGACCUUCCGCUGCUGCUGGUUCCACCCCCAGAACCACAGCCACACCUUCUACAUAGCUGAGCAGGUGUCCCACCACCCACCCGUGUCCGCCUUCCACGUCAGCAACCGAAAGGACGGCUUCUGCAUCAGUGGCAGCAUCACAGCCAAGUCCCGGUUCUACGGGAACUCACUGUCAGCUCUGCUGGACGGCAAGGCCACCCUCACCUUCCUGAACCGGGUGGAGAAUUACACCCUUACCAUGCCCUACGCCCACUGCAAAGGCAUUCUCUACGGCACCAUGACCAUGGAGCUGGGCGGCAGAGUGACCGUCGAGUGUGAGAAGAACAACUUCCAGGCUGAGCUGGAAUUCAAGCUCAAGCCCUUCUUCGGGGGCAGCACGAGCAUCAACCAGAUCUCCGGGAAGAUCACAUCGGGCGAAGAGGUCCUGGCGCGGCUCACGGGACACUGGGACAGGGAAGUGUUCAUCAAGGAGGAGGGCAGAGGAGGCGCCGAGCUCUUCUGGAACCCGAGCGAGGAGGUCCGCGGGCAGCGGCUGAAGCGGCACACGGUGCCUUUGGAGGAGCAGACAGAGCUGGAGUCGGAGAGGCUCUGGCAGCACGUCACCAGGGCCAUCAGCGAGGGUGACCAGCACAAAGCCACACAGGAGAAGUUUGCCCUGGAGGAGGCACAACGGCAUCAGGCCCGAGAGCGCCAGCAGAACCUGGUGCCCUGGACGCCGCAGCUGUUCCACCUGGACCCCACCACCCAGGAGUGGCGCUACCGAUACGAGGACCACAGCCCCUGGGACCCCCUGAAGGACAUUGCCCAGUUUGAGCAAGACGGGGUCCUGCACACCCUGCAGCGGGAGACCAUGGCCCACCAGACCACCUUCCUGGGCAGCCCAGGGCCCAGGCACCAGGGGUCUGGCCCCGACCGGCGGCUCCGCAAGGCCAGCGACCAGCCGUCUGGCCACAGCCAGGCCACCGAGAGCAGCGGCUCCACGCCCGAGUCCUGCCCAGAGCUCUCUGACGAGGAGGAGGACCGUGACUUCGCUCCCGGCUGCGAGAGCCCGUGCCCUCGGUGUGGGAAGGAGGCGUGGCGGCUGCAGUUGCUGCACGAGGGGAUCCUGUCCAUCCGGGAGGCCCAGCAGGAGCUACAUAGGCAUCUCUCGGCCGUGCUGAGCUCCACGGCACAGGCCAGGCAGGCACCGGCCCCGGGCCUCUUGCACAGUCCCCGCUCGUGGUUUCUUCUCUGCAUGUUCCUGGCGUGUCAGCUGCUCAUUAACUACAUCCUCAAAUAA